AUGGCUGGACUCCAAGAUGGUCCUAAUCAGUAUUCAUCACAGGCGCAACUGGUUAUGCCGCCCCCAGCUCAGGGAGGCGCUCGGUCUGCACCUACAUCUGCGAUCGGUUCGCCGAAUGUCAGCCCACCACACUCCUUUGCGCAGCAUGCCAUGUCGAUACCCUCAACCUUGUCCCCUUACGCACGACACGAGGAUCGAACCAAAAUCAUGGAUAUCAAUAUGUUGGCCACAGCUGCUUCCCAGAUCGAGCGGACCGAACACGAUCAUGUCUCGAUCUCAUUCGCAGGAGAAUCACGACGACGAACACAGGGUCAAAAGAUCAAGGCCAAACUCACCACAUUCUACCGCCCCGUCAUCGCCCACUUUUUCGCACGAGUCUAUUUCGCCGACACCAGAUCACACGCCACUGGCGACCCCUGGUCAUUCGCCACGACUACGCCCUGUACAUGGCAGUGA